AUCGAACUCUACAUCGCAAGUUACGGUUAUAAGCGUACUCAGGGUUUGUUGUUCGUCUGUUUGGUGUAUCGUAUGUGUUUAUAUUGGUUUCUUGUGUAAAAACUACAAAAUUUUCAUAAUGAGUGCCGAGGAAGAAGUAUUACGAAUUCAGAAAAAAUUAAACAAGAUGUCGAGCGGUGACGGGACGGGACAAGAACAAGCAUUGGAAUUACUUAAAAUAUUACAAAAAUUACCUGUUGAUUUGGAACUCCUGACCAAGACACGUAUUGGAAUGACAGUAAAUGCAUUGAGAAAAUCAAGCAGAGAUGAAGAAGUUAUAUCAUUAUCCAAAACUCUCAUUAAAAAUUGGAAGAAAUUCUUAUCUGGAUCCAAUAAAGAAAAAGAUUCUACUUCUUCAAGCAGUUCCAAAAAGAAAGAUGAUAAAUCAGAGAAAAACAAAGAUGAUGGAGAUCAGAAGAAAGAUAAGGAUAAUACAGAUGGAAGCGAUGUUAAAACGAAGGAAGAGAAACCUCAUAAAGAUAUUCAAAGAAAACAGUCUACGUUUCCUGCUCCUACAACCACAGAUGCUGUAAGACUUAAAUGUAGGGAACUGUUGGCAGCAGCUUUGAGAGUAGAUGGAAAUACAAUUGAUGGCUGUGCUACACCAGAGGAACUAGCAGAGGAACUGGAGGAAGCAAUUUAUGCAGAAUUUAAAAAUACUGACAAUAGAUAUAAAAACAGAGUACGAAGCAGAGUUGCUAAUUUACGUGAUGUAAAAAAUCCUAAUCUUCGAACGAAUUUUAUCGCUGGUGCUAUAACACCUGCCAGGCUUGCUGUUAUGACUGCAGAAGAGAUGGCAAGUGAUGAAAUAAAACAGUUAAGGGAACAGUUUAAAAAAGAGGCAAUUAAUGAUGCACAACUUGCUACAGUGCAAGGAACGAAAACUGAUCUAUUAAAAUGUGGAAAGUGCAAAAAACGUAAUUGUACUUACAAUCAAGUGCAGACGCGCUCAGCUGAUGAACCUAUGACUACUUUUGUACUAUGCAAUGAAUGUGGAAAUCGAUGGAAAUUUUGUUAAAUAUUCUUUCCACGGUUUUUUCUGAUCGCAAUGGAAAGGAAAAUGUAUUUCGUUCGAAACCUACCUAUUAAUCAUCAUUAUUAGAGUUAAUGAAUAUUACAUAUUUACAAUUCACAGAUUAUAUUGGAUGCUUGAUAACGUUUUCAAUUUUUUCACAAGUUUAAAGUAUCCAGUUUUUAUUCUAUUGUAUAUACUGAUAUUCUGAAUUACUAAGUCUCAUCUUAGGGCUUUACAGAGCUUCAAUUAUAUUAAAAAAAGAGUUCAUUAAAUUAAAUGAUACGUUUUCUUAUUUUAAUACAGCAUUAUUGCUGUCAAAAACUCUUAAUAUGCGACUAAUAUUAAAACUAAAAUGUUUCGUUCUGCAUUGUACGAGUUUAUAUAAUACUUUACCUGUGAAUAACUCGAAAUUGUGGGUACAGUACUGAAAUACAUAUAUGUAAUUACAAUGUAGUAUUUUUGGAACCCUUUUUGACAAUAGUAAAAAUUGCAUAUUUAAAGAUAGAUGUAAUAUUUAUUGUGAGUGUAAAAUAAUUUCGUUUUUAUUUAAAUUAAAUUGAAGGAGUUUGAAAAGUUUAUAUAAUUUAACUUCUAACUGAUUGAGUAACAAUUGUACACUCUUUUUUAUUGAUUGAUUUUACUUGGUAGUUUUUAUGAAUCACCGUUGGGGGCCACCACUUGAUGCUUCCAACAAUUUAGUCCAACAGUUUACGUGUUUCAACGCAUACGCUAAUUUCUAACCUAAUAUCAAUGUCAUUUGUAUUGCUCUAUAUCCAUAUGUACUUUCAAAUGGUUUCUAAAUCAUUUACAAUUUGCUAGCAAGAUCAUGUAAAGAAAGAUAGUUGUGUUGAAAGAUAGCGUAUAAUUGUACAGAAAAAUUCAUAAUGAUAUAAUGUUUAAAAUAAAAUCUUUUGAAGUUAAGAGAAAAUUCAAUGAAUAUUCAGGAUAACAUAAACAUUUUUGAUUACUGUAUAUGCAUCAUAAAGUGAACGAUUCACGAUCAUCACUAUGUGCGGAGACGCCCACAUCAAAGAGCAGUGGCAACUUUUACAAAAUCUUCGAUCUACGGUAGAAGGUUUAUUAGUCGAUGGUGUUUUAAACGUGUGGAAUGUUUACGGUGGUUUAAAUCGUCUUCACAAUGUAAUGGAAAGGAUAUUUAAACAUGGCUGUCGAAUAUUUAAUCGAAAUGGAGAACCAGAUUGUUGGAUCUUUAUUCAAGGAUUAAAUUGGCUGCAGCCUUCUGCAGCAUUGUCACCUGUCGUUUCUGAAACAGAGGAUUAUCUUUCCAAUUUACCAACUAGGAUCAUAUCACAUAAAGAUAUGUUAUGGUUAUAUAAAAGUUUGGAAAGUCAUUCUUUGUCAUAUAAGCUAUCAUGGCUUUUGUCUGACAAAGAACAUUUACUUUCUUGCUUUGAACCAUGGGCAUUUUUGUGUCAAGAAAACUUAGCUGAAGCCACACUUUUAUGUUUAAGAGCAGUUGAAAGAAACCAACCUACAUUACUUACAGAAAUUGAUCCAUCCUUGUUUUUACCUUGUUGGAUUUCUCCUAAAAUAAGUCCCAAAAGACAUCGUCGAUCUUCUUCAUAUCCAAUUAAUUUCUCAACAAUAAAUUUUAGUGUUGCAACAGAUAAAGCUGUGCAUAUUGAAAGAUGUCAAUUAGAAUCAUUAAAAAUAGCUUCAGAUUGCAAAACUGUGCAACAUGAUGAUGUUAAAUCAAAUGAAAAAAAUGAAGAUAAACCAUCAAAUUCUAAAGAAAUUAAUGAUAUACCUUUGAAAAGUUGGAGUAGUCUUUCAGCAUUGACAAAAAAUUGUACAACUCUUAGAAAAACUGUUCCUGUAGCUUCACCGUACGUUGCAAAGAAUAAUACACAGAAUAGUAAUUAUUCUCAAACAUCUUCUGUUGAAUUAUCAAAAAUAAUUAAUGUAAAUUAUGCUGAAUUAAAACAAUCAAAUACGGAUAAUAAAUUACUCGUAAAGCCAAGAACUCCUAUAAGAAAGAUAAAAAACAAAACUAAAAUUAAACAAUAUCAAAAUAUUAAAAAAUCCAGCGAAGAUUCCGAUGUGUUGAACAAUGAGGACGCAUCGACAAAUGCAGUAGAGGAAUAUCGAAUUCCAUCUCUUAUAUCAAGUGAAACAAAUUCAGAUAUGUGUAAUACAAAUUCCACAGAAAUUAAGAUUUCUCAACAGCCAAGAAGGAAAACUUCUCUUCUAUCAGGAUCAGCACCUGAAUUUACUAGUCCGUGGAAUUUAGAAAUUGAAGGGCAGAAGGAUAUAAGAACACCAAAGAAGAGUUUCAUGGAAGAUGGAGGAAGCAGUGUUCAACCUAUGGCUAUAGGAUACUUUCCACGUCCAACAGAAGGUCAAAGUUUGACAAAUUUUCUAGCUUCUGCACAAUUUUCUAGAGCAAAUGCUGAAUUGGAUAGAGAAAAUGCACAUUUCAGUGUUUCUGAAGCUAUGAUAGCUGCCAUUGAACAAGUAAAAUGUAACAAGCAAUGGCGCCUUAUGGAAGAAGCAACUGAAGAAAGUGAUGAAGAAAUAAAUAGUUUAAAACAAAGGAUACGAUUAAGGCGGCGCCAACGACAAGAAGAACGGUAUAAAGGAAGGACAUGGAAUCGCGAAUUAUUAAGCGAUGGCAAGACGGAUACAACAACUACUGAUCAAAGUGUUAGUCCAUUAUCAACUUCGUCUGAUACUCCAUCAGAAAAUAUAUCCACAGAUGAUAUAGAGGAUUUAGAAGUGGAUGAUGAGCGAAAUGCAGUAAAACUUAAGAAUGCUGGAAUUUCUAUAUCCAUGGCAUCGUUAUAUUCAGAUGCAGAUUUAUAUCAAUCAUCUCCUGCACAUGGAACAGAAUCAACAUUAACUGAAAGUAGCAUGUCUGCGGAAGGGGUAGCUUUGUCGCUUCUUAGCAAAUUUAGUGAGAAACAAUUACCAAGAGCGAGUGAAUUACAAUGGCUGGUCUCUGAAAAGGAUGUACCACAAAGAUUGUUACCAUUACCAAAAAGUUGGCCAAUAAAUCCAGAUGAUACAGAAAAUUCACAAUCAAUUCCAUUGCGUGGGACGACAGAAUGGGCUCCACCAAGACCUCAAAUUAUUUUUACAUCACAUCCUCCACCAGUGCGGCGCACUCUUAUAGCUAAACAGAAUUAUAGGUGUGCAGGAUGUGGAAUGAAAGUUGCAAUAAAAUAUGCUAAUAAAUUUCGUUAUUGUGAAUAUUUAGGUAGAUAUUUCUGUACUGGAUGCCAUACGAAUCAAGUAGCAUUGAUACCAGGAAAGAUUUUAUCUAAGUGGGAUUUUAAUAGGUAUUCUGUAUCAAAUUUUUCAUAUAGAUUGUUGGAUCAAAUGACAUCAGAUCCAUUAUUUCAAAUAAAUGACUUAAAUCCAUCAUUAUACAGACGAAUAAAACAAUUAACCAGGACAAGAUUAUUACGUUCACAAUUAUUUUUCUUUAAAGAUUUUCUAUUUACAUGUCGAUUUGCGAUAAGUGUUCAAGAUGUUCUGAAGAAGGAACCAAAUUACAUAAUGAACGAACCCCAUAUAUAUUCCAUUCAAGAUUUGAUGCAUGUUAAAUAUGGUAUUUUGCCAAUGAGAUUACAAGAAUUGGUUGAAAUGUGUAAUAUGCAUAUUAUGAGCUGUGAGUUAUGCCAAGCUAGGGGAUUUGUAUGCGAACUAUGUCGUUCCAAAGAUGUUAUAUUUCCAUGGGAAUUUUCAAAAGUUAAUAGAUGUGAAAUAUGUGGUGCAUGUUUUCAUAAUGAAUGUAAGCAGAAUUUUAAUAAAGCAGAUUGUCCACGCUGCAUUCGUUUACAUGAUAGACGAAUAUCUAGAGAACAAUUUUGACAUACGGUAAGAUUGUCUUAUGCCAUAUCUUUAGCUGUAAGCAUCAAAUUGGUAAUUUAUAAAUUAAAAUUUUGGAAAUUGAUUUUUAUUUAUUAUAUUUAAUUUAAAAUUGAAAAUAACAAAGUAAAUUAGGGGUAUUAGAAAUUAUAUUAUUAAUUAUAUGCAUGUAUUACAAUAUAAAAAUAUUUUAAUUUUGAAAAUUUAUUAUAUUUAUAAACUAAAUAAAAUUAGGUAUUCUGUUGUUUAAAAUUUUUGAAGUAUAGCAUUUUAUAAAAAAAAUUAAUUACUUUAAUAUAAUUAUAUGAAUGACAAACGUAGCAAAGACUGAGAAAAUGUGAUAUAUAAAAUAAUUGUAACAUUAUUCUUAAAGUAUCUUACUUAUUUUUCUUGUAUGUUACGUAAUUAUUUAUUACGUAUACUGUUACCAGUCAAGACUAGCAAUAAUUUGUUACUAUUUAUAAAUUUUUAAUUUAAAUAAUAUAUAUUAUUUCAAAUAUAUAUUUCAAUAUGUUAA